AUGCAGCGAAACAAUCGAAUGACGUUUCGCGUCGAUGCUCAAUCAAUUCGCCAUUUUGCGAGGGGAUUCGAGCUUGCCUUUGCCGGGAAUCGCUACUAUCGUUUUUCGCACCGCUUGGCCCGCCCUCGUGAAAUGAUUGCGAGUGAUAGUUGGAAACGAUUACCGGCUCUUCGCGACAACAAAAUGUGCAGAGUUCUUUUGAAGAAUUUGACAAUGAGGGUAUGGACCAACGAGGGAGUGAAGGCUCUGCAGCCGAUCAUCAAAUUCCCGGUAGGUGAAACUGCUUCUGUGAAAACGGAGAAUGUGCUGGAAGUGCUGAUCAAGGAUGUUCAUAUGAACUCGAAGAAACUUUUGGAAAUUGAAGCCGAAGCUGACCGCAUUCUCAAAUCUGGGAUCGAUGAUGAAUUUGACAUAUUGGCAAGACCUGACUCGGUGAAGGAAUCAUGGGAAACGUUUAUGCAAAGCAUCGACAAGCUGAAGUAUGCACAGAUAGAACAAGAACGAUUUGGCACGACUUGCAUU